AUGAGUUUCUAUCAUAUAAAAAAGAUUUUUAUCCGCCAUAUUGUUGAUAGGUCUCUUAAUAUAUGAUAUUAGAACAUCAAUUAUUUGUGUAUUAUCUUAAUUUCUCUCUACAUGUAAUUUUUCUUUAAGAAGUUAUUCAUGGUGGUAAGUCAUAGAAAACUGAAUAACAUAACUAUUGAUAAUAUCUCUUUAAUUUUGGUAAAUGAUUAUAGAAGAGCUAAAUAGAAAAUCUGACAUCUAAGUUAUACUUAUUGUGUUACCAAAGCUCCCAUCAAAGACUUUGGUAAUAAUGAGCCUAAAGGUACAUUAAUUCUGCCUACAAUUAGCUAUAUCUAAUUAGAUCAUAUUAAGACUAAUCAUCUGAUGGACUAUCCCAUCAACCCAAUUGAUCAAACUAACAUUAAACAUGUUUAUUAAUCAAUGUAAGGUGGCAUGGAAGGUGUGCUUUUCUCAUUAAUUAUAAUCUUAUAUGAAUAAUUUCAUAGGCAACAACUGAAAUGACAUGUCAAGGAAGAUAAGACAAGAGGCUCUUAACAUGAUAAAAUGAAAGACAUGGAUACAUUGCACCAUAUUCUGAUUCAAUUACAUGUGUUGCUGCUAACUUUCUAAUUGUAGCAUGUUUUUCGUGUCUGCUCUGUGCAUUAUACUCAAUAUUGUCCAAACAAUAUUAUCUUCUGUUGCUAUGUCUUUUUUUAUUGGCUCUUCACAUCACACAUUAUAUAUAUCUUAUAAAGUUCACAAAAAUAACACAUACAUACAUAGAUAGAGAUACAAUUUCAAUUAGAAGGGAAUAUAAUAUAGUGCACUACAGCACAAAUAUAUAGAUAUCAUAUUACAUGAUCAUGAUUAUGGCUGAGGUGACAGCAAGAAAUAGAAGUAGCAGCAGCAACAAAAAAAAGGGUUUAAGUGGUGGCAUGUUGAAGUUCAAGAUUCUGUUGGAAAAGCUUCAUAAAGUUGUGUUAUUACUAGUAGGUAAAAAUAAUAAACCAAGCUCAUCAUAUGUGAAAGAAGGCCAUUUCGCUGUGAUUGCUACUGUUGAAGGACCAAAGAGGUUCUUGGUGCCAUUGAGGUGUUUGAGAAACCCUACAUUCUUGAGUUUGUUGGAGAGAGCAGCUGAAGAGUAUGGUUUUGAUCAGCUUGGUGCAAUUACCAUUCCUUGCAACCCUAGUGACAUUGAGACCUUACUGGCUCAUCAUCAAGUGGAGAAAGAGGAAGAUGAAAAUGCCAGAGAGGAUUUGAUCUAGAAUGAAAAGGCCUAUAUCCUUGUCCAAUAUCAGGUUUGAGACUUAAAUAUGUUAGUACUUUUAAGUUUCAACUUUUGAUGCUAUUAUUCACUUUAAUAAGAUGGUGUAUGUUCAAAUACUAUAUCUCAUUAUAAAGCGUUGAUCAAAUAUGAGAAAUCUUUGCAAUUAACGUUAAAUUAUUGGUCUAGCAUUCGUUCAGAUGUCGAAAACUUGUUUGGUGACAGGUUAUUGAAAUUGCUGUCACAUUAUGAUC